AUUGGUUGGGCUUCUGUUUGUUAGCUACUGCUCGCGGAGUCAUGGCUGCUGUUAGAUUUAAUUACUUUUCAGUCUGUCAAGGUUGCCCGCUUAUCGGGCCAAGUAGGAGGACAGCGGUGUUAAAUUGUUAAUGCGUCCGACCUGUUCGUCUUUACGAGGGUAGCAGCAGCAUUAACAACUUCUGAGACUGCCUGCUGAAAGCCUCCAGGAUGGAUUUCACUCGACAUGCUCUUUUUGUUGCUGUGUCCAAAAUUGAACACCAGGAUUAAAAACAACAUCUUCAAGUUGACUGAAAGAGGUCCACACAGAUUUCCUUAUUUAUUUGUGUGUAUCGGCAAGACAUACCCAUGUCUGGAAGACCAUCUGAAUUGCCAGCCCUAGAGUCCAGUGCCUCUGAGGGGCUCUUGGGGCAGAUGUCUCUUCCAGUUGGGAUAGUGCGUCGUGCGUUUAGCUAUGAUGAUGCCCUUGAUGAUCUUGCACCAAUGACCCCUCCUCCAUCUGACAUUGGAAGCAACAUAUUGUGGAAAAAUCCUGUUAUCCCUGAGAGAAAGUACCAGCACCUCUCUGAGGUUGAUGAAAGUAGUGGGGUCAUUGCACCUCCCACAUCCUCCUCCUCCAUGGAGGUCAUCGACAAACCCCCUGUUCCUGUUGUAAAGGCAAAGGCUACAUCUAUUAUUAUGAACUCUCUAAUCACAAAGCAAACCCAGGAGAGCAUGCAGAGGUUUGAACGGCAGGCAGGACUCACGGACACUGGCUACACCCCACAUAAAGGUCUUACAGCAGAAGACACUCGCUACCAUAGAGUGGCCGAGGCAAUGCACAAGCUGAAAAUGCAGAGUGCGGAUAGCAAAGAUGAAAAACAGUCAACAUCAACACAGUCUACCCCUAGUGGAACCCCUCAGUCUUCCCCUAAGCAGAAACGCAGGGGUUGGUUCAGUCAGAGUUCUUCGGCCUCUCUAACAAGCUCGGAUUUCAGCAGUAGUAAUUCCAGUGUGGACCUGGGGACGGGAGAAGGAACAGCAAUGGAUAAAUGGAGCAUCUUUGGUCCUCGCCCGGCAUCGCAGAAGUCUUCCUCUGAUCCCAGAGGAUUUGCACUGCAGUCUUAUCGUGGGGCUCAAAAACCUUCCCCAAUGGAGAUCAUGCGAGCACAGGCCACACUUGUUCCGGAAGAACCUGCUAACUUUAAACCACCAAAAAUGGACAUUCCGGUCAUUGAGGAGAAAAAGCACGCGCCCCGAUCACACAACCUGAAACCCAGGGACAUGAACGUUCUCACUCCUUCGGGGUUUUAGACUCUGCUCAUUGUGGGCAGGCUGUUUUUCUGCUUAAAAUCCUGUAAAAUGUUUUUUUUUUUUCUUUUCAUUUUUGCAGUGUAUCUGCAGGACUUGAAACUUUUUUUGUUUGUGUAGAAUCCAAGAUGAGUCUAAACUACCACUUUAUCUGUAAACAUUAAGACCAGACGUUUUCUUAUUAAUUGGCAAGUUGUAUUGCUCGUCACAAAAUAAUCCAAGCUUUGUAUCUACACUUUUUUUUUUUUUUUUUUUUUUUUUUUGAUAGCAAUGAAACUUGCAUUAAUGACGGUAAGUUUUUAUAUAUAAUUUACAUGACUAUUUAUUUUUUUUAAUGUAUGUUUUCCUGUGGUCAACACCACCUAUUCUAGGUUCACACACAAAGAUUCAUUGUGUGUUUGUUUUUUCUUUAUGCCAACGUAUUCUUACAUUAUCAUUAACAAAGAAUAGCGCUGGUAAGAAUUUCAGUUUUCUUUUAAAGUGAUGUGGUUGUGAAUAGCGACAGUUUACAUUGACCAUUACUGAAACACAAUUAAACCAAGUCAGAUGUUAAACAUUAA